AACAAGUAAAGCAUAUCUCCCUAGUUUCUCUCUUCUUCUUUUGUCUGUAAAAUUGUGGGGAAGCAGCAUUCAACUAUAGCUGCAGAUUUCUCUUUUCAGUUGCAGAUUCGAUCGAAGUCAAAUAGAUUCGGGAUUUUUCUCCCAAAAUAUUUGUAGAAAAAAAAGUUUGAUCUUUUUGGUUCGUGUUUGAAUCGCUUGAAUUAGAAAAACCCUACUAUUCGAUCUGAAAGGAUUUGAAAGUUCUUCUUAGGUUUUGGUUUCUUCCACUGUCUGUGUGUUGGAUUAUAUAUAAAAUGGAUAAGAAGAAGGUCGCCGUUCCACUUGUCUGCCAUGGCCAUUCAAGACCUGUUGUCGAUUUGUUCUACAGUCCCAUCACCCCUGAUGGUUUCUUCCUCAUCAGUGCCAGUAAAGAUUCACAUCCAAUGCUGAGGAAUGGGGAGACUGGAGACUGGAUUGGUACAUUCGAAGGUCAUAAAGGUGCAGUGUGGAGUUCUUGCCUCGACAACAACGCUCUACGUGCUGCUUCUGCAUCUGCUGAUUUUUCAGCGAAACUUUGGGAUGCGUUAACGGGGGAUGUGCUUCAUUCUUUUGAGCACAAGCAUAUUGUUCGAGCCUGUGCCUUCUCAGAGGACACAAAAUUGCUGAUCACAGGAGGGUUUGAGAAGAUACUCCGUGUUUUUGACUUGAACCGCUUGGAUGCACCGCCUACAGAAGUCGACAAGUCUCCUGGAUCUAUCAGAACUCUCACAUGGCUUCACAGUGACCAAACAAUAUUGACUUCUUGCACUGAUAUUGGUGGUGUCAGGUUAUGGGAUGUUAGGAGUGGGAAGAUUGUGCAGACAUUGGAGACUAAGUCUCCUGUCACUAGUGCUGAAGUGAGCCAAGAUGGACGAUACAUUACUACUGCUGAUGGGUCAAGUGUUAAAUUCUGGGACGCUAACCAUUUUGGACUAGUGAAGAGCUAUGACAUGCCAUGCAAUAUCGAGUCUGCAUCUCUGGAGCCAAAGUCUGGUGAGAAGUUUGUAGCUGGUGGUGAGGAUAUGUGGGUCAGAAUGUUUGAUUUCUACACCGGCGAGGAGAUUGGAUGCAACAAGGGACAUCAUGGUCCGGUACACUGCGUGAGGUUUUCACCAACGGGUGAGUCAUAUGCAUCGGGAUCAGAAGACGGAACCAUCAGGAUCUGGCAAACGACACCAAAUCAUAGUGUGGAUGAAGUUGCUAAGAAGAUUGAAGGCUUUCACAUCAACAAAGAAGGAAAGACCGCAGAUAAACUUUCUGAUGCUUAGCAGAACUGAAAGUCUUUGUCUUGGUUCUUCUUGAUUUGCUAUGUUUUGUGUGUUUGUGUUUCCAAAAAAAAAAUCCCAAAAAAAAAAAAAAAAAAAAAAACACAAGGACCUUUCCAUAUCUGUUAGUUUUCUGGGGUCUUUUUCGUUAUUUAUAUAAAACAUUGGGACUA